AUGAAGAAACUCAUCCAAAAAGCUAGAGCUCAUAUCCCUUCUUCAUCUUCUCCUCCACAAAACCCUUCAAACCCCUCACACUCCACUAAUACCAAUCAUUUAUUCCAUCCCUCCACCAUCUCUGCGCCAACUCCCCUCGAAGUCCUCCGCUAUCGCCAUCACUUCGGCGUCAACCUUGGUUCUAUCUUUGUCCUUGAACCAUGGCUUUUCCCUAAAUUCGUAGGAGGUGCACCUUCCGAGCUCGAUGCCGUAACCUCUUCUGUGAAGACCAAUGGUGUGGAAGCUACCCGUCAAAAAUGGGAAGGGCAUUGGAAGAACGUAGUUACAGAUCAGGCCUUCGGAUGGUUGGCUAAAUCGGCAAAAGGAACAAGUAUCCGGUUGCCGAUUGGAUAUUUCACACUCGGUCCCGAUUUUUGUAUCGGGACACCCUUUGAAGGUGCCAAAGACGUGUACCAAAACUCAUGGGCAAUUGUAAAGCAAUUUAUAACUCGAGCUCGUGCCUUGGGUGUUGGAGUUCUCAUCGACCUCCACGCUCUGCCUGGUGGUGCAAACACAGAUAUGCAUUCCGGGUCCAACACCGGAAAAGCCGAACUUUGGGGCUCUAAAAAGAAUCUCGAACUUGCCAAAAAAGUUCUUUUGUUCAUCGCGAAAGAAUGCAAGGAACUGGAUGGCGUAAUCGGCAUUCAACUCAUAAACGAAGCAUGCUGGGAUGCUGGAAAGAAAGGAAUGUAUGACUUCUACACCUCCAUCAUCCAAUCGAUAUCCGAAAUCGACUCCGAAAUGCCCAUUUACAUAAGUGACGCAUGGGAUCUAUCGUCUGCUCUGAAAUGGACUAAAGAGCGAAACUGGAGAUCCGGAAAGAUCCCCAGUAAUCCCAUCGUCAUCGAUACACACAAAUAUUAUACCUUUGCCGAUAAGCACCGUUCUAAAGGCGCACCUGAACUCAUUCGUCAAGUACCCAACGAACUAGGCGAACUACCUGAUUGUAGUCCAAGUGCCACCCACAUAUCAUCUGGCGGAGAAACGCAAAUUAUUAUUGGUGAAUAUAGUUGCGUGCUCGAUGGAAAAAGCUGGGCAAAGACCGGGCCUGAUAUGAAAGAAGGGCUAGUUCGAGAAUUCGGAAGAUCGCAGUGUAAGAAAUGGACCGAUGGGUGUAGUGCAGGAAGUUAUUUCUGGACGUGGAAGAUGGAGUGGAUGGAUGGAGGAGAAUGGGGGUUUGUGGAACAGGUUAAAAAGGGGAAUAUUGUGGCUCCGGCUUAUAUGGGUUGGUCUGUAGCGGAGGUUAGAGAGAAGUUGAGGACGGCGGAAGAGCAAAAAAUGGGAUAUAAGGAGAAGAUGGUGAGGGACCAUGUGGAUUAUUGGAAUAAGGCGAGCCCUGGGAGGGAAUUUCAGCAUGAUUUGUUUGAGAAGGGGUGGGAUGUUGGCUGGUUAGAUGCUUCUGCAUUUUUUGGCGCGAGGGGAGAAAGGGGAGGGGCGGAUAAAUUAGGAUGUUUGGAAAUUUGGAUCAAGAAGCGAAUGAUAGAGUGUGGCGAGCGAGGUGACUUCCUUUGGGAAUGGGAACAAGGGUUCAGAUGGGGAGUUAAGACAUUUGAGAGUUGUGUUGAGAUUGAUUGA